CGAUUAGAUGAUUAAGAGAUUGGAAAAAGAAUUCGAGUAAGUCUAAGCUGCCAUAGAUGAAGGUGUCAUUGAAAACGUGACCGUUGCUGUCUAAUAUGAAAACAACUCAGCAAACUACACAAAAUGGGAUGUGGUGAUCUAUGGAAGGGAAAAUACAAUAUGGCAAGGAGGUGAAUUCCCAGGUACUUUAGAAUUCCCUUAAAAUUACCCCACUACAUCGCCCGUCUACACUUGGAAGUUGUAAAAAACCAGAUUUCUUCACAUGAACAUUUAUUCCUCAGGCAAAACUUGCAUUGACAUCCUCAAUGAUAAAAUAGGAUAUUCACCUGCUAAGACAUGUGUAGAAAUACUGAAAGCAUUGGAAGAUUUCCUUUAUCGUCCUAAUCCAAAGUCACCAACAAAUGCUGAAUUAGCUAAGACUUUUGAACAAGACUUACCUAAAUACGAAGCAAUGAUUAAAGAGUUCGUUUAAAAAUACAUGGAAGAAAAAAAUAAAGCAGAAUAAAAAAUUUGAGUAUGA